AAGAUGGCUUUAACCGGGCUGUUGGCCCUGCUGGCCGGUUGCUGCCUGGCGGCGGGGAGCGGUCCCGCCGAGGCGGCGGAGGCGGCGGCGGCGGCGGCCACCAAGGAGCUGGAGUGUAAGCUGAAGAGCAUCACGGUGUCGGCGCUGCCGUUCCUGCGGGAGAACGACCUCAGCAUCAUGCACGGCCCUUCGGCCGCCGAGCCCAAGCUCCUCUUCUCCGUCCGCAACGAUUUCCCCGGCGAGAUGGUGGUGGUGGACGACCUGGAGAACACGGAGCUGCCUUACUUCGUGCUGGAGAUCUCGGGCAACACGGAUGACAUCCCGCUGGUGCGCUGGCGGCAGCAGUGGCUGGAGAACGGCACGUUGCUCUUCCACAUCCACCACCAAGACGGGGCACCCAACCUGCCUGGCUUUGACCCCACAGAGGAGCCCCAGACUGAAUCGGCAGAGGAAGAGCUGAGGAUCCUCCACAUCUCCGUCAUGGGAGGGAUGAUUGCCCUGCUGCUGUCCAUCCUCUGCCUGGUGAUGAUCCUCUACACCCGCCGGCGGUGGUGCAAGCGGCGCCGGGUGCCGCAGCCCCAGAAGAGCGCCAGCGCCGAGGCGGCCAACGAGAUCCACUACAUCCCCUCGGUGCUGAUCGGGGGCCACGGGCGGGAGAGCCUGCGCAACGCCCGCGUGCAGGGCCACAACUCCAGCGGGACCCUCAGCAUCCGCGAGACCCCCAUCCUGGACGGCUACGAGUACGACAUCACCGACCUGCGGCACCACCUCCAGCGCGAGUGCAUGAACGGUGGGGAGGACUUCGCCAGCCAGGUCACCCGCACCCUGGACUCGCUGCAGGGCUGCAAUGAGAAGGCCAGCAUGGACCUCACACCAGGGAGCGAUAACGCCAAGCUGUCCCUGAUGAACAAGUACAAGGACAACAUCAUCGCCACCAGUCCCGUGGACUCGAACCACCAGCAGGCCACACUGCUGUCCCACACCUCCAGCAGCCAGCGCAAGCGCAUCAACAACAAAGCACGAGCCGGCUCAGCAUUUCUGAAUCCCGAGGGGGACUCGGGGACAGAGGCGGACACCGAUCCCCAACUGACCUUCUACACGGACCCCUCGCGGAGCCGGAGGCGCAGCCGAGUAGGCUCCCCCCGAAGCCCCGUGAACAAGACCACACUGACCCUCAUCAGUGUGACGAGCUGUGUCAUCAGCUUGGUGUGCUCCUCCCACAUGAGCUGCCCCCUUGUUGUCAAGAUCACCCUCCAUGUCCCCGAGCAUCUCAUCGCUGACGGGAGCCGAUUCAUUCUUCUGGAGGGGAGCCAGCUGGAUGCCAGCGACUGGCUGAACCCGGCGCAGGUGGUCCUCUUCUCCCAGCAAAACUCCAGCGGGCCCUGGGCCCUGGACCUCUGCGCCCGGCGCCUCCUCGACCCCUGUGAGCACCAGUGUGACCCUGAGACUGGUGAGUGUCUCUGCUACGAAGGCUACAUGAAGGACCCCGUGCAUAAGCACCUCUGCAUCCGUAACGAGUGGGGAACAAACCAGGGGCCUUGGCCAUACACCAUCUUCCAGCGUGGCUUUGACUUGGUGCUGGGCGAGCAGCCAUCCGACAAGAUUUUUCGGUUCACCUACACCCUGGGAGAAGGCAUGUGGCUGCCACUGAGCAAGAGCUUCGUCAUCCCACCAGCCGAGCUGGCCAUCAACCCCUCGGCCAAGUGCAAGACCGACAUGACGGUGAUGGAGGAUGCGGUGGAGGUCAGGGAAGAGCUGAUGACCUCCUCCUCCUUCGACAGCCUGGAGGUCCUCCUUGACUCCUUUGGGCCUGUCCGUGACUGUUCCCAGGACAAUGGGGGCUGCAGCAAGAACUUCCGCUGCAUCUCGGACCGCAAGCUGGACUCCACGGGCUGCGUGUGCCCAACGGGACUGAGCCCCAUGAAGGAUGGCACGGGCUGCUACGACCGUCAUGUUGGCGUGGACUGCUCGGAUGGCUUCAAUGGGGGCUGUGAGCAGCUGUGCCUGCAGCAGAUGGUGCCCUUGCCUGAGGACCCCCUGCUCUACAACAUCCUCAUGUUCUGUGGGUGCAUCGAGGACUACAAGCUGGGCACGGAUGGGCGGUCGUGCCAGCUCAUCUCAGAGUCGUGCCCCGAGGCAGGGGACUGCGGUGAGCCCCGCGAGCUGCCUAUGAACCAAACGCUCUUUGGGGAGAUCUUCUAUGGCUACAACAACCACUCCAAGGAGGUGGCCCCAGGGCAAGUGCUCAAAGGGACGUUCAGGCAGAACAAUUUUGCUCGGGGCCUGGAGCAGCAGCUGCCAGAUGGGCUGGUGGUGGCCACAGUGCCCCUGGAGAACCAGUGCCAAGAGGAGCUCUCCGAACCUACACCCGACCCUGACUUCCUCACCGGGAUGGUGAAUUUCAGUGAAGUGUCCGGGUACCCCCUCUUGCAGCACUGGAAGGUGCAGUCUGUCAUGUACCACGUCCGGCUCAACCAGCUGACCAUCUCCCAGUCCUUCAGCAAUGCCCUCCACUCUCUGGAUGGGGCCACCUCCCGUGGGGAUUUCGUGGCGCUGCUGGACCAGUUUGGCAACCACUACAUCCAGGAGGCAGUGUAUGGCUUUGAGGAGUCCUGCUCCAUCUGGUAUCCCAACAGGCAGGUCCAGCGGCAGCUCUGGCUGGAGUAUGAGGACAUCAGCAAAGGAAACUCCCCCUCGGAUGAGUCGGAGGAGCGUGAGCGGGACCCCAAGGUGCUCACGUUCCCCGAGUACAUCGCCAGCCUCUCCGAGUCGGGCACCAAGCGCAUGGCAGCCGGUGUGCGGAUGGAGUGCCAGAGCCGCGGGCGCUGCCCCUCCUCCUGCCCUCUCUGCCAUGUUACCUCUGGUCCUGAUGUACCGGCUGAACCCAUCCUGCUGGAGGUCACCAAAGCCGCCCCCAUCUACGAGCUGGUCACCAACAACCAGACCCAGCGGCUCUUGCAGGAGGCCACCAUGAGUUCGCUGUGGUGCUCAGGCAGUGGGGACGUCAUCGAGGACUGGUGCCGCUGUGACUCGAGUGCCUUUGGGGCUGAUGGGCUGCCCACCUGUGCACCUCUCCCACACCCCAUCCUGCGGCUCUCCACCGUGCAUGAGCCCAGCAGCACCCUGGUGGUGCUGGAGUGGGGCCACUCGGAGCCUCCCAUUGGGGUGCAGAUCGUUGACUACCUCCUCCGUCAAGAGAAAGUCACCGACAGGAUGGACCACUCCAAGGUGGAGACAGAGACAGUCCUGAGCUUCGUGGAUGACAUCAUCUCUGGCGCCAAGUCACCCUGCGCCAUGCCAGCCCAAGUGCCUGACAGGCUCUCUUCCACCAUCUCCCUCAUCGUUCGCUGCCUGGAGCCUGACACCACCUACAUGUUCACGCUGUGGGGAGUCGAUAACACAGGAAGACGCUCCAGGUCCAGUGAUGUGACGGUCAAGACUCCCUGCCCCGUGGUAGAUGAUGUGAAAGCUCAAGAAAUAGCAGACAAGAUCUACAACCUCUUCAACGGCUAUACCAGUGGAAAGGAGCAGCAAACAGCCUACAACACUCUGCUGGACCUGGGUUCCCCCAGCCUGCACCGAGUCCUUUACCACUACAACCAGCACUAUGAGAGCUUUGGGGAGUUCACCUGGCGCUGUGAAGAUGAGCUGGGACCCAGGAAAGCUGGCCUCAUCCUCUCGCAGCUGGGGGACCUCAGCAGCUGGUGUAACAGCCUCCUGCAAGAGCCCAAGAUCAGCCUCCAGCGCUCGUCCCUCAAGUACCUUGCCUGCCGCUACAGUGAGAUCAAGCCCUAUGGGCUCGACUGGUCAGAGCUCAGCCGGGACCUCAAGAAGACGUGCGAGGAGCAGACACUGAGUGUCCUUUACAAUGACUAUGGUGACAAGGACUACUGAGGGUUGCGGGGCGCCCACUCUCACGCUGGCCUUCCCACGGGCGUUUUGUGAGGGUUUUAUACACGGACCCAUGGCUGGGGGGGGGGAGGGUAUCACUGAUGUUUCUGGAGGCAAAAAUUUGGACUGGGGAGUGAAACUGGCUGCUCUGUGCAGGACUGACUCAGUAUUAGUUUCUUCUUCGACUUGGCCAAAAGCCUUUCUAGUUAGAAGUCUUGUGGGACCCAGUUUUCUUGGUUUUGUUUUAUUCAUUUUGCCAAGAGGUUCUUCAGCAUCAGUGGAGAGGGCAGGUUGGAAGGGAACAGCCUUCUCUGCCUGCCCCAUCCCAGCCCUGGAUGUGGGGACCAUUCCCGAGGGUGGGGGGACACUGGUCAUGGGAGAAACACGGUGACACAGGCAUGAAAAGACAGCAAGUGAUGCAGGGUUGGAAAAACGGAGGCAGGGCAUGCAGGUCAGGUUGAGAUGCUAAUGGUUAUGGCUGAGGAGAACAGCUACCAGGCAGCCAAGAGGGCUGGGUUGGGUUCUUUUGCAAUUGUAAAGCAUGAAGACUGGAUGAGACCUGACUAAGUGACAGUGCCAUUGCAGGGCAAGACGGGGGCACCAUCAGCUGGGGCAAGGAGCGAGGGACAUUGGUGACCCCAUCUCCUCAAGUUCAAAGCCCACAUUUGCUCCAAGAUGCAAAGUCCUCCAGAGCAAAGGCAGUUUGGCCUCGGGUCAGCCGGACAUCGUGAUAUUUCUUCUUGUGUUCAAAUUUCUUGGAUGUCAACUUAAAAAUCCCUUCCAUUUUUAUUUUGUUUUUUUGCCCACCAUAGUAAAGACUUCGAUGCAGUGAUGUCAAACUGCUGCUCAGGAGAGCCCCAGUCAAGACAGCAGCACCCAGAUGGCACAGCUGAGGCUGCCUUCUGCACCAGCUGCCCUGUAGCCACGGUGUAGCCCAGGCUCUGUGUGGCAAGGGGAGGGGGUUGUAGCAUACCCAGACACAGCUGUGGAGGAUGGUCCCAGAGAUCCUGGUCCCAGAGAGGACUCAGUGACAUGGCAUGAUGGGCAGGGUUCUGGGGGUGCUGCUUGCCUGUGUUUAGUCUCACAUCUGCAGGUCUCACUGUUUUUUUUUUUAAAAAAAAAAAACAAAAAAACAACAGAGAACUUAGGUUGUCCUGGGACACUGAGCUGAGUUCAGAGCAAACUGUUCCCAAAAACCCUGUUAGCACUGAUGGUGCUGGAGGCAGCCAACGGCUUCCUUUUAGCUUCAGUUUCCAGCCUUGUUUGCAGAGGAGGCAUCUCUGGACUUGCCAGCUGCGCACCUUUGAUCUGGACAAGCCAGGAGCCCUGCAGUGGGAUUUUUUUUUUUUUUAUGAUGCCUCUUCAGAAAGAAAUUUCCUUUUCAUUUUUCUCGGUCUUGGCAGGAGCAAUCUUCAGCCUGUCUCUUACGAUUUUCUGCCUCAUUCCUCCUGCCACCUGCCAAGGACACAGCUCGAACGUUUGCGUGGUGCUGAGAGGGAGGCAGCUGUGAUCCGCAGCCGGUCACGGUGGACAGUGCUGCAUCACAGUGUUUGCACAACAGAAGUUCAGUAUCUUCCUGCAGGACCACACGGGGCUUUGGUCUUCCCUUCUCCCAGGCAGAUGUCUCCUCCAAGGGUGGCUGUCCUGGACCAGGGAGCUGCUGGGAGCAGCAGUCAGCGUUACCUGGGUGUCCCAGUGUCGUUUCUAAAAGGAAUGUGUCUGGCAGGGGUCGUUGGGGAAACACCUGCUCUUUCCAAGAAGGAGGUCUACUGGAUCCUUUUGGCUUUUUUUUACAUUUUUCUCCUUAUAAUUUGAUGUGCCUGAUGCUGCCAAGGGCUUGGGGCUCAGGGCAAGACCAGCACCAUCUCCGCGCACAGGCCUGCGUUGACGGGUGAUCCAUAGCGAGCUGUAGCUCCUUUUCCUUUCAGCCACUGGCAGUCUUGGCCAACGAGAUGCUUUGGUUUAUCCUCUUGCUUCUCCCAGCGGAGGCUGAGACAACUUUUAACUUCCAGCCGGGCAGCCAUCCAGGGAUGGGCAAAGGGCACCUCCGCUCAGCGCCUGGGAGGGAUGUUUGAAGGAAGGCUGCUCUGGCCCGGAGGCAAGUUGGUUGCUCGCCAAGUAAUACCGCUUACGUGGCCUUUAUAUGAAACACAGACUGUUUUCCUUUGGGUAGCAGGCUCGUCUCUUUUAUUGCUUACUAGGUACAGCAGCAGGGACAGGAGCAGCGCGGCCUGCCAGCCACUCGCUGCCAUGCUGCCAGGAAAACCCCGGAUGCCCCACGCGCUCACACCUGCCUAGGUUACUUUUUCAUCUGGCCCCCAGAUCUGCACUGGGCCUCUCCAGAUACUUCUGUUCUGCUUCUGCACUCGCAUUUCAAGGCCCUUGAGUAGUCAACCAGAACCCCGCAGCCUUAUCGGCCAGUUGGGCUGGACUCUUCUCCCCUCAGACCCAGCUUCCCCCUGGGCUGGGAGAUGGACCACCCUGGACGGUGAGGGGAAAGCCACCAGGACCACAAGGUCCUUCAGCAGCACCCUUGCACAGUCAGACAUGAUUCGGAUCCCCAUCCCAUGAUGGACCGUGCAGUCUGCUGGUGGGGCUGUGCUCUGCCUGGUUGACUGCUGUGGUGUUGCUGCACCAGCAGGUCCUGCCAGCGUGCCACAUCUGUGGGACCAUUUUCAUGACGGCCAUGGCUUUGCGAAGACUUCCUUCUUAGUUUCCUCACUCUGGCUUUGGAACUCAGAAUUUUGCUCAAACUUGGACUUUUCCUGCCAAACCCCUCAAUUGACACACAAGCCCAUCUCAGACAAGCUCCAACAGCCUCCCAUGGGGGCCCAGACCAGAGGAGGUGGGGUUGCACCAAGGCUGCAGACUUGGCCUUGGUGAGAUGUGUUGCGUGGGGCUUGCUCACUCACAACAGCCAUGGGUAAGCCCCAAGGCAUGCCCUUCCCUGCAGAGCUGACACCGUCCACAUCUGCCGUGGGGUCCUACACAGUAUUUUAUUUCUAGGACUCCUGGUUCUUCCCAUGCUGCCAACCAGAUGAAAGCUGGAGAAGACACUGUUUUCCACACAUUUCUGCAACCUCCCUCGCCCCCUGCCCUCUUUUCUUGUUUUAUUUCUGAGUUAAUUGAGCUAUCGUUCACCUGAGAUGAACCUCUGGGCCAUUAUUUUUAAUUUGCUGCACCUGUACCCUUGUAGUAGCAUUACUACCUUUUACUUGUUGUGGAGUUAUUUAACAUAUAAAGAUGUUUUGGUCCUUUUCUUUACAAAGAUGGCUACAAUUCAUGUUCCUUGAUGUUCUAUUAAAACUCUAAUGUGAUGUUUUACUACUGUAGAUUGAAAGUAGGGUGCUUUAGGGGGAGAUAGCCACGUGGCAAGAAACACAAAACCCUUCCGGUUUACUUAAAAAAAUAAUAAUAAAAAAAAGAAGUCUUAAACAACAGCAACAAAAAAAAAAUAAAAAUCAUUGUAACACUAUGUAAAACUCCAGAUGAUAAUUCAACUGACUAUUAAACGGAGCUGUUAGUAA